AUGGCGCCGUUCAUCGACGACGAAGAAGCUUGGAGAUGUCGGAAGCACCCUUCCAAGCGUCCAACCACCGGCGUCUGCCCCUUCUGCCUCAGAGACCGCCUCAUCACUCUCUGCCCCGAAUGCGCUAACGUCCGACCCUGUGCUUGCUACCCCACUUCCUCCUCUUCGUCUUCGUCUUCCUCUUCCUUGUUCUCUCGUUCCUCCUCCAAGUCUAACACCGGAAUCGGGGCCACCGGCCGCAUGUCGAAUCUCAUCGACAGUGAAUGCCCUUUCCGACGCUCGAGAUCCACUUCUUUGCCUUUUUUCCGGCGACGUAUGGACAAAAAAGAUGAUGAAACAGGGAAUCCUCCUCCGCGUCACGGGAGCAGAACCUCGCUGUGGUCCAUUAUUAAGGCCAAACGUGGUAAAAAGAGUAAAAAACCCGAAGAAGUCAAAGAAGUGAAAGAUGAAGACGAAGCCAAGAAGAAGAUGACGAGGUCCAAGUCGGUUCCGUUUCCAUCGUAUUCAAGUUCCGGCGGUAAUGAGAAAUUGAAAGCAAAAAGUUGGCACUUUCCGAGCCCAAUGAAGGUUUUCCGGCAUCAGAAGACGCCCAAGGUUGCGCGAGAAGGGCCGCCGUUGAGUAGAGUCUUAUCAAAAUCAAAUUAA